UCCCAUUCAAACAAACAAUAUUAAAAUAUAGUACGUAGAAUAAUGAAAGAUUUCCUUGUUUACCAAGAAAACAUAUAUAAAAUAUAAUAAUACUUCCUCAUACAGCCUUAUACUACUAUAUAAACGAGCCUAAAUUAACACAACGAGAGACAAAAAAACCAACACAAGAACUACUACAUUACUAUACUUGUACUAACCCACAUCAUUUUACACUCCUAACCUUCAAAACAUUUUGCAAGCACAUGGAGCUUUCAAAAAUUUGCAUCAUCUUCUCCCUUCUUGUUUCUUUCUCGUCCGCCACUACUAGUGUUGUUGACUUUUGUGUUGCGGACUUUAACUUUCCUGUUACACCAGCAGGAUAUCCUUGUAGGAAUCCUGCUAACUUGACUGUGGAUGACUUUGUUUUUUCCGGUUUAGGUGUCGCAGGUAACACAUCAAACAUCUUCAAUGUUGCUGUAACCUCAGCUUUCGAUCUCACUUUCCCAGCUGUGAACGGCCUAGGUAUUACCCUAGCGAGGUUAGACAUAGGAGUGGGCGGAGUUGUUCCGAUCCACUCACAUAGAGUAUCAGAAGUUAUCUUAGUCACUGAAGGGACAAUCAUUGCAGGAUUUAUAGGCUCAGAUAACACUGCGUACUUUAAAACAUUAAAUAAGGGGGAUGUUAUGAUCUUCCCACAUACAUUGCUUCACUUCCAAGUUAACGUGGGUGAUUCUCCCGCAGUUGCAUUCGUAAGCUUGAACAGCGCGAAUCCUGGUUUUCAAUUUAUUACUACUUCAAUAGGAGCAAAUAACUUACCAACUGAAAUUAUUCAAAAGAUCACUUUGUUUGAUGCUGCACAAGUACAAAAGGUGAAGAAACUCUUUGGUGGAACAAAUUAGUAAGAAUAUAUACCUCAUUUACAUCAAUAUGCCUCAUGAAGACAUGAUAUUGUGUGUUACCAAUGUUGUAUGCAACUUAUAGAUAAAAUCAUGUGUUGUAAAAUAGAAUAACAUGAUGUACAAUAAAACGAAGUAUUAUAUUACUCGUACUAGUUCAUUUAAUUCCAGCUUUAUCAAUUUAAUAAGAUAUAUUACGUAAUG